AUGACAACCGGCUUCGAUGGACUCCGUCAGAACAUUGCGGCAUCAACCAGCUGUAUUUGGCUCGAGAAGAUGUUUGGAUACCAGAAACUUUCCACCCAUAGAUCACCGAGAAGACUUCCAGAAUUCGUUUUGUUGAAUAGCUCCGGUUCGGUGGAAUUCUUCGUGCCGACAGUGACGUCCAUCGCAUGCAAGAUUAAGAUACACGACUUUCCUUUCGACGUCCAAACGUGCACUAUCAAAGUGAUGGCACAGACAUUCAUAGCUCGUCAAUACGCCAUAGAAGCAAAAUUCUUCACAACGAAUGCUUCGCGGAUCGCACAGAUGGGUGUUCUUAUCGAUUCUUUCACAUUAACUACUUCGAUGUCUCCAUGGAACGCAAUCCAGUUUUUUAUG